AUGAAGUAUUCCGGCAAGGCGAGUUAUCCGGCGGGCAUUGCUUCGAGGGGCGUGAACAACCCUUCGCUGGACUCGGAUCUUGAACCGGCGAGGCCCUUUCAGCGGCGGAAACCGAGAACUCCGGGGACCCGGUUGAGGAGACACGGUGGCAAACGGAGCAGACCCGAAACCCCUCUGUUGAAGUGGAAGAUCCAUGAGGAUCCACUGGAGGAGGACCAGAAGUCUUCUGUCGCGGGGUCUCGUCGGAGAACGUGCCGGAGUGCCAAGAAGCAAACGGAAGUCGCCUUGUCGGCGCGGAGACUCGCCGCUGGGCUUUGGCGGUUGCAUCUGCCGGAGACAGCCACGGGCGAUGGCCGGAAGCGGGUGGAACAUAAGCACGGACAUGGUCACGCACGACACCAGUUCCUUGGUCAUCCAAAUGGCAUUCCCCAUGUAUCUGUUCCGAAGAAGAAUCCAUCGCAAAGUCCCCGUUCCAUAUUUGGGGCAAAGAAUGGACACUUCUGUGAGGCUGAACCUUUCCAGUUUUCCAACACUGAAAUGGAGGGUGCAACAAAAUGGGAUCCUUUAUGUUUAAAAACAUCAGAUGAGGCGCAGCAUAUCUACAGCCACAUGAAACUUCUUGACCAAAAGGCAAGUGCAGUAUCUGUUGUAUCUGCUCUCGGAGCUGAACUAGAGCAGGCUCGAACUAGAAUUCAGGAGCUUGAGUCUGAACACCGCUCCUCCAAAAAGAAGCUUGAACAUUUCCUGAAGAAAGUCAGUGAGGAAAGGGCGCAAUGGAAAAGCAGAGAGCAUGAGAAAAUCCGAGCAUACAUUGAUGACAUUAAAGCAGAGUUGAAUCGAGAAAGGAAAAAUCGCCAGAGGAUUGAAAUUGUCAAUUCAAGGUUGGUAAAUGAGUUGGCAGAUGCUAAACUUUCUGCCAAGCGCUACAUGCAAGAUUAUGAGAAGGAAAAGAAAGCCAGAGAAUUGAUUGAGGAAGUAUGUGAUGAGCUUGCCAAGGAAAUUGGAGAAGACAAAGCUGAAGUUGAAGCAUUGAAGAGGGAAUCUAUGAAACAUAGGGAAGAAGUAGAAGAGGAGAGGAAGAUGUUACAGAUGGCAGAAGUAUGGCGUGAAGAACGUGUUCAAAUGAAGUUGAUAGAUGCAAAAGUUGCUCUUGAAGAUAAGUAUUCGCAGAUGAAUAAACUUGUUGCAGAUUUGGAAAGCUAUAUCAAGUCAAGAAGUGCAGAGCCGAACACAACAGAGAUGAGAGAGGCAGAGUCACUUCAACAGGCUGCAGCUGCGAUUAACAUUCAAGACAUCAAGGGAUUUUCAUACGAACCACCUAACUCUGAUGACAUUUUUGCCAUUUUUGAAGGAGCAAAUUUUGGUGAGGCGAAUGAGAGGGAGAUUGAACCAUGUGCUUCUCACAGUCCUGCUAGUCAUGCCUCGAAUAUUCACAUGGUGAGUCCGGAAGCCAAUGCAAUAACUAAAGAUGGCAUUCAGAGGCGUUCUGAUGUAUUUAUGGAUGAUAACGGGGAUGUAGAAGGUGAUGAAAGUGGAUGGGAAACUGUGAGCCAUGUUGAGGAUCAAGGCUCAAGUUAUUCACCAGAAGGAAGUACCCUAUCUUUGAACAGGAAUCAUCGAGAGAGUAAUGUAUCAGGGAGAAGUGUACUUGAAUGGGAAGAAACCGCAGGUGAGGAGACACCAAUAACUGAAAUAAGUGAAGUGUGCUCUAUACCAACUAAGCAAUCAAAGAAGGUAUCAUCCAUAACAAGGCUUUGGAGGUCAUACCCAAACAAUGGGGAUAAUUACAAGAUAAUCUCCGUGGACGAAAUGAAUGGGAGGCUUUCAAAUGGAAGGUUAUCUAAUGGGGUCAUCGUGUCUCCUGAUCAUGGAUCAGGUAAGGGUGGAUUGAGCCCCCAAGACAUUCUAUACCAGUUGAGUCCUGACUCUGGAAGUCCACAUGGACAUAGAGGUGGUAUGAAAGGAUGCAUUCCUCGUGGUGCGCAGAAGAAUAGUUUGAAAGCCAGACUUUUGGAGGCUAGAAUGGAAAGCCAGAAGGUUCAGUUGCGCCAUGUUCUUAAACAGAAGAUUUAG